UAUUCGCCGCCCACCUCUGUUCCCCUUCUUGCCUCUUUUGUCGACACUCUGAAACACACGUAUAUCGCAUCUCUCCCACUGCCACAUCUCCUUCUCAUUUUCUGCCUCCUCCCCAACUCAAUUUGUGCACAACACGAGCCAGUUUCCCGAUGCUAUCUAUAGCCAGAAGAAUCCAAGUCCCCCACCGGUUUCUCCAGAUUGCGGCGGCGCAGCAGCUCCGCCAUGCUCGAACUGAAUCCGGCAACGACCGUUCACCCCGUAGCCGGCGGCGGUCGUCCAAGUUCUCUCCGUCGGCGAUGUUGAGGAAAGCCGAGGAUAAGUCGGAGUGGUGGGUGGUGGAUGGUGAAAUGCACGAAAUUGGGGAAAAUGUGCCGCUGCGAGAGCGCUUUGUGAUCCCCAGAGAUAAUAUUCCUAAUAAGCGCCGGAAGCAGCUCCGAGAGCAGUUCAUGCGACGCACUCGCCUCGUCCUCAAGGAAUCGGAGCAUGAGCCUUGGUGCAAAAGAUACAUGGAACUAUAUAACGAGCUCAGAGAAAAUUGGGAGAGGUUGUAUUGGGAUGAUGGCUAUUCUAAGAAACUUGCUGAGGAUCAUGCUAAUUAUGACUCACCCGAUGAUGAUGAUGAAGAUUUCAAUCCUUAUAGGAAUAGACAGCCCCAAGCAGAUCAAAUCAAGCUGCAGGAUCAAUUUGUGGGGAGAAACAGGGAAAGCGACACCUGGGAAAAAGCUAGCCAAAUCCGUGACAAAUUUGAAUAUGAUAGAGACAGAAGAAUGAGAGAAAAAGCAUUUGCCCCAAUGAAUGCAACGGAUGACUCUGAUAUGAAUCGCAGAGUCUCAAGGAAUGAGCCCUUUGACAUCAGAAGAUACAUUUCUGAAUCUGAGGAGUGACAGACAGAAUGAACGAUUUUAUUCUCGAAAUAGUGAUACCCUUUGUUGUACAGUAAUAAAUUAUUGCCCGUGCAAGUAGCAGUUUCCUGGUGCAAGAUGAUCAUGGAGUUUGCUAACAACAUUCCUAUUCAUACAUAUUUUCAUUGUUAUGUAGUAGUAGAUUUUCUGUUGUUUUGAUUUAUUCUAAGAUCUUUCCGAAAUUGAGGUUAAUACACAUCUUUUUAUGUCAA